AGGAGAUUAGGGCUUGUCAUUAUGAAUACCAAUAACAAUAGACCAAGUAAUCAAAGUGAAGAUGACAAUGAACAUUUGUAUGGAAUGAGAAAAAUAACGUUUUGGGAAAAAUACGGCGUUAAACGCUUUCCCUACCGCGGACGACGACGACACACUCCCAUUCUCCAACAACAUUUUGACGGUCGAAUAAGUAUCUCAAAUGACGUAUUUGGUCUCACUAUUCACCAAUUCGAACAGAAAUAUAUAGCUUGUUUGGAAAGAAGGAAACAAAAUUCACAGCGGAUACUCAAUUUGCGAUAUCCUGUUAAAUCUUCAAAUAAAUACCUCGAAUAUUUAGAACAUUGUACAGAACAUGGUGAAGGUUAUAUGUCUCGGCCAGGAAAUGAUUUUCAUGCAGAAUAUUUAUAUAGUCAGCUGGUACACAUAGUUGGCAAAGAACCCGACAUACGUUACAGACAACGAUUAUUUCUAAUUGAAGAUGUAAUAAUAAAUAUUAUUCGUCCUUCUUUUAUACGUUUUGUAAGCGGAAGUUUAUCUGAAGGAAUGGAUUUACCUGGAAGUGAUAUUGAUAUUAUGUACGUUAUACCAAUGGUAGAAACAGUUAGUGAUACACAUAAUAUAAAAGACAUUACAACACUGUUAAUGGAGAUAGACCCCUUUCAUCCUGGGUUUACACGACUGAGGUUAUUGGCUGGAGGCUUUGAGGACUCUAAUCCUGUUAAAACAUGUAUAAGAGAUUCUCUCUUAGAAACCAGGGAAGGCUUAUAUUUAGCAUCCGAACUUUUUAUCAAAAAUCUUCAUCACAGACUUGAUACGUUUCUGUUACAUGGUCCAUGUUUAUCAAAUAGAAAUCAAACAAUAGAUUUUGCAGUUUGUUUCCGUUGUAAAUCAUUCCCAAACAAUGCAAUGCAAUGGGUGUACCGGCAUAGACAGCAUUGGCCACCAAGUGUUGUCAUUGAUAACAUUAAAAGUUAUGGAUGUUUAUUGGUACCUAUUGGACCUAAACAAAUAACGAACAGUCAAUUGCUAUGGAGAAUUUCUUUUUCUGUUGCUGAAAAACAACUUUUACAUUCUUUUAACUAUACGCAGUUACUAUGUUACGGACUUCUCAAAAUAGUAUUGAAACACAUCAUAAACAAAAACCAUGAUGUGAAAGAUUUGCUCUGUUCUUACUUCUUAAAGACAGCGAUCUUUUGGUUUUCAGAGGAGGUGUCAAUCGAAACCUUUCAAAUAGCCAACCUUUUGUUCUGUUUUUGGUCGUGUUUGGGUAAAUUAAGAUCGUAUGUGAACAUCUGCUUCUGUCCCAACUACUUUAUACCUGAGCACAAUAUGUUUCUAGGAAAGGUCAAUAAUAGAAAUAAUAAGAUAUUGCUUGGCGUGCUUGACAGUGUUAUAUAUAGUGGAACUACCGGACUGAUUUCUGGUUUGUUUCAGGAAGGUGAUAGUUUAACUUGCCUUACAUCUAAAAGGAAAUAUAACGCCAUUAAAUUAGAUUAUUUCGUGUAUAAGUAUUUUUGUCACGAUAAAAUUCCCCAAACUAUAAAAGACGGAUACCGAGGAAUAUUUGUUCUUAAAUCUCUCAUUUUAUCAGAAUCCUCUUCAUAUAUACGUGAUGUGUGCAAAUGGUGGAUUUCUGCAGUCAGUCAGCAUAUAACACAACUACUUCCACCUCCAGUUAAUAUACGGAAUGUUGAAAAUAUACGAAGUCGGUAUCACAAACAUUUAAAAGACAGUCUACAGACAAAUGCUGUGAAUGGUUGGUUGCUUUACGCAUCGUUUUAUUACGUUAUUGGACAGUACAAUGUAACAAUUCAAAUAACAGAUCAUGUUCUAUCAAAGUGUACGCCUGAAAAGUUGCAUUUAGGUUCAUUAUUCUAUGAUAAAGACCUUAUGAACACUUAUGCUCAAAAUAUAUAUGAAACAGUCACAUCUUUAAACAAAAGGAUACAAUUGGCGACCGUAUCUGGUGUAAGAUUCUUACGACACUCUUCCUUAAUCCCGGAUGAGUUAAGACUGGGUUUUGAAGAUACCAUCCAAAUACCUAUUGUUGUUUUGUCUUAUUGUCUUAAAUUUCUAUCUUAUUUUCAUCUCGGAGAUGUGUUUAAAAGACAGCAGGCCUUACGGGAUUUUCAUUUAACUGUAGAAGAAAGUUUUUUUAUUCCAGCUGAUCAACAAUCGCUAUCAUUAACUAUUCUUGGUAUGUGCUAUCAGUUAAAUGGGGAUACAGAUACUGCGUGUCAAUGUUACAAUGAGGCUUCACAGUGUAUUCAAUAAGUAAAACUGCAGAAAUAGGAAAAACGAAAAUUUUAAGUCAAAACGUAAGCACUACUGGAUGAAAAAACAACUGUCCAUACCAGUAACAGUCGUUGUACGACUGUCUUAGUCUGUGGAGGCCUGAAGAUGACUGUCAAAGCAACUGAUAACAACUGUUAGGGUUGUGACAGUUGGCUCAUGUCGUUGUAACAGUUAAUUUAUGUCUGUCCCAACACUUUUAUGGGUUGUGAAAAUCAUAAAAUGAUAUCAAGAGUCAUUUUAGGACUGUUGCAGUGGUUUACGGCGUUGUCACAGUCAAAUACUAUUUAUUACAGUCUUUCCAAAAGUUGUGGCAGUUGUAUAAUAUUUGUCCCAACCUUUUAAUAGUUGGGACAGUUGAAAAUUGUUUGUGUCAACUUUUCAGACAUUGAUGCAGUCAAAAAAUGUUUGUUACAACGUUUUUAGAGUUGGGACAGUUGUAAAAUGUUUGUUACAACUUUUUAAAGGUUGUUACAGUCAUAAAAUGUUAAUUACAAAUUUUAAAAGGUUGCUACAGUCGUUCAAUGUUUAAAACAAACAUUUCAUAGGUUGUUACAGUUGAUAAAUGUUUAAUACAAAUAUUUUAGCGUCACGGUUGCAGCUCAGUGUUAAUUUCAUUUCACGUUUCACCCUCUCGAGCACCCUUUCAAGAUUUGAUAUAGUUUUGAUAUUACCCAUAAUUUAUAUUAUUAUCUAUUGUGCGGUUGUUGUUGUGUGUUUUUUUUUUUUUAUUAUUAUUAUUUAUUUAUUUUGCGAU